AUGAAUGCGGAGGAAGUGCGCAUGCCUUCACUCCAACGUCAUGAUAACGGUACAGAUUCGGUGCCCACCGUGGAAGCGUCUGGAGACGCUGUCAAGGCCGGUGCCCUCGCCGAAAUCUGUCAGCUGUCCCACGCCGUACCACAGGACAUGUCGCGUGCCGAGUACCGCCAGCUCCUGGAAGUGUGGUCCACCGCGUUACCCUUCUUCGUGGAUUAUCUAGACUGCAAAGAAACGAUCUUCCAGAGCACACUAGGUCGAUCACCGGGGCUUCACAAACUGGCUGAGCAACCUCAUACGCGUCUUCAACGCCACGUAUGCCGACUACGCCAGACGACGACACUGUCCCAGCAGAACGCAGUCACAUGCCUGGACGACUGGCUGCAGCAGGCGGCGCAGCUCGCGACAGAGGCAUUCCUCGUGGCCGAUGAUCUGUCGACAAUUGCCAAGUCAUCCUCGGCAUGGCGGGGAGUACAUGUGUAUUACUCGUUUUUACUCGUCUUACGAGCCGAAGCUUCUUGA